AUGAGCGCUCAGAGCUCGGGCCCUGCCCGAUCGGCCCUUAUUCUGUAUGGCUCGGAGACUGGCAACGCCCAGGAGGUCGCGGAGGAAUUGGGGGUUUUAACCGAGAGAAUGCGCUUUGCGACGCAUGUUGCAGAAUUGAACCAGUCGGAGCCUAAUGCGCUUUCUUCGUAUACAUUGACCAUCUUCGUGGUAUCGACGACCGGACAAGGCGAUCUGCCAGCCAAUGCGCGAAAGUUCUGGAAAGCACUCCUUCUCAAGAAGCUGCCACCGACAUACCUAGCCGGGAUCAACUUUGCAGCAUUUGGCCUUGGCGAUAGUUCCUAUCCCAAAUUCAACUGGGCGGUGCGGAAGCUUCACAAACGAUUAAUUCAGCUGGGUGGCAACGAGAUUUAUCCGACCGGUGAAGCAGACCAGCAGCAUCCAGAAGGAAAACACCCAAUCCCGGACGAUGUACAACUACCACCGAAGUGGGUUCUAGGAAUCAAAGGAGGCAAUGAGAGCCCUAUAAAGCUAGAAAGUAUUGCCUCAACAGCUCCAUCAAAUGGACAACCCGGCUUGACGAAUCUUGACCGCGACAUCCGGCCACUGCCUGAUACAUUCCUGGGGACGUUGACAGACAAUAGACGCAUUACUCCCAUGAGCCAUUGGCAAGACGUCCGGCGGAUCUCUUUCACUAUUGAUGAGUCCGUUUCCUACGUACCGGGUGAUAUGAUUGCCAUUACACCCAAGACAUCACCCACAGAUGUACAGAUACUGCUCGACUUGAUGGAUUGGAACGAUGUUGCGGAUUCACCGAUCUCACUCUACCCAGUAGGGAACAAUGCCUCACUUCCUCCUAUUCCUUGCCUUGACUCAUAUCCUAAUCUUACCCUCCGCUCUCUCCUCACCGAUUACCUGGAUCUCAAGGCUAUCCCGCGGAGAUCUUUCUUCGCUACAAUUUCCCACUACACAACUGACGAGUUGCAUAAGGAGCGUCUUUUGGAGUUUACAAACCCGGAAUAUUUGGACGAGCUGUGGGACUACACAUCCCGCCCACGCAGAAGUAUCCUGGAAGUGUUGCAUGAGUUCGACACAGUGAAAAUCCCCUGGCAACAUGCUCUUUCUGUCUUCCCCGUGAUCCGUGCUCGACAGUUCAGUAUUGCCAGUGGUGGCUCAAAAAAGAAGACUGCUGAUGGCAAGACUCAAUUCGAACUCCUCAUUGCAAUUGUCAAGUACCAGACGGUGAUCAAAAGAAUUCGCGAGGGCGUCUGCACGAAGUAUCUCUCUACGCUCGAGGUUGGCAGCACUCUGCGCAUCCAACUACAGCGCGGAGGCCUGAAUUCGUCAAUCCAGCAACUAACGGGACCCACUGUUCUUAUUGGACCAGGGACUGGCAUCGCACCGCUCAGAUCUAUGCUGUGGGAAAAAGCUGCGUUGGUUCAAGCUUAUCGGGAGCAAAACCCUGGCGCCGAUGUGCCAGUCGGGAAGACAGUCUUGCUCUACGGUGGCCGCAACAGAUCCGCAGAUUUCUUUUUCGAGGAAGAGUGGGACCAACUGAAUACUCUCAUUCCUCUGCAAGUCCUCACAGCCUUCUCAAGAGACCAAAAGUCAAAGUUGUACGUCCAAGAUGUCCUUCGCCAGAAUUUUGCGCUCUUUUUCCAGACGCUGCAUGACCUACAGGGCUCAGUGUAUAUUUGCGGUUCGUCAGGUCGCAUGCCCCAGGCUGUACGAGAAGCUUUGAUCGAGGCUUUCCAGUACGGCGGUGCUCCUCUCACUGGAAAGCCCUAUACACGGACGCAAGCUGAGGAGUACCUGAUUGGGAUGGAAAAGGUUGGGCGGUAUAAGCAAGAGACCUGGUGA